CAGCUGUUAGGGGCGUGUCCAUGGGCGGUGCGCGGCGGCCUAGUAGGCGGCAGAGGCCCGGCCCAGGCGCGCGCAGAGCUCGGGGAGCGGCGACGGCGGUUGGCUACGGCGCGAGCGCGUGCUCCAGGCCCGGCGGCUCCUCCUCAGCGCCCGCCCAGCCCCGCCGCCCAUGGACGACCCGCCGCGUCCCGCGCUGCCACCCCCCGCCCCGCGCCACCCGCCGCCCAGGCCCCCACUGGGCCCUGACACGGGCGACGUCCUGCAGCAGAUCAUGGCCAUCACCGACCAGAGCCUGGAGGAGGCGCAGGCCAGUGUUAAGCAUCCGGAGCAUUCAGGAAGAGGGCCUCCCUGACGCUCAGCUCAUGAGGCUGGAUAACAUGCUGCUGGCCGAGGGCGUGUCCAGGCCGGAGAAGCGAGGAAGAGGAGGACCAGCGGUGGCGGCCGGCACAGCAACACCAGGUGGCUGUCCAAAUGACAAUAGCCUUGAGCACUCUGACUACAGGGCCAAGCUGUCCCAGAUCCGACAGAUUUACCACUCUGAGCUAGAGAAAUAUGAACAGGCCUGCCGUGAAUUUACCACGCACGUCACCAACCUGCUCCGGGAGCAGAGCAGGACGAGGCCCGUCUUGCCCGAGGAAAUGGAGCACAUGGUUGGUGUCAUCCACGGCAAGUUCAACGCCAUCCAGAUGCAGCUGAAGCAGAGCACCUGCGAGGCCGUGAUGACCCUGCGCUCGCGGUUCCUCGAUGCCAGGCGUAAACGGCGGAAUUUCAGCAAGCAUGCCACAGAAGUGCUGAACGAAUACUUCUAUUCCCAUUUGAGCAACCCUUACCCCAGCGAGGAAGCUAAACAAGAGCUGGCCAGGAAGGGCGGCAUCACAGUCUCCCAGGUUUCCAAUUGGUUUGGCAACAAAAGAAUCCGGUAUAAAAAGAACAUGGGGAAGUUUCAAGAAGAGGCAACCAUUUACACGGCUAACACGGUGGUAGACACCACCGAAGCUGGAGGCCCAAGGAGCCAAGCCAGCUGCCCAUCCACACCCAGCUCAGGUUCCUCCGAACACUUCCCACUGGCCAGUGCUGGGGAUGCGCUUAUCACCCUGCAGACACUGGCCUCUCUCCGGCCCAUCCCUGGGAGAGGUGGCUUGUGGUCCCAGGCCCGGGGAAGCUGGCAGAGGACCACCCCCUCCGUGUCGACUGCUUCACCUGCUGGAGAUCCUCGCAGUGUCAGCUCAGAUGCAUCUAAUUAAGUUUGGAGCAUGAGCAGAAAAGAGGACAGCGUGACUUGCCAUGGUUUUGCCGGCAUUGGUGUUUUUACUGCAUGGUGCAGCUGAUUACCUCAGAAACCCAGAACUGACAGCAGACAGCGCUCCCUGAGCCGCUGCCUGGGACACUACUCCUCCUCUUGCUCGUCAGCUGAGAUUUGAAAUGGGCGGGGACACUGUUCAUCUUCCUAACUCCGUUUGGUGGUUGUUGUUUUUAAAUAGUAGUUUUAUGACAAAACUAUGAAUUGUCUCUUCUAGGACUUGUCAGAAACUCUCCCAUUAAAAUUUUUUACUUUAAUUUUGAUAUUGCUCACCACCAGAUUUGUGUCUGGCAGUAGUUGACAGUACCCGUGCAGGGUCCUCGCGGCCCAGUUGAGCAAGUUGUGAUCCCAUCCAUGCAUUUAUCCAUUCGUGUGCCGACUUACCCAGCAAUACCUGCUAUUGUUAUCAUUACAUACGGUUUUGAUUGGUCUGUUGUGGGCUCUGAAUUUUACUGGGGAUUGUUUUGUUUUUUUAAUACAAGUUCUACCAUUUUCACUUAAAAUGUUAUUAAA